UGCGAUUUGAGCACAGUGUACAGAAUUGACUUCCAGCGAUUUCUGUCGGUCAGUAGAAAACAUACUGCCAUCUAAGUUCAGUCUGACCAGUUAAGAUGGCGUACGUGAUCAAGAAGAAAAAAUCUGAUGUCGUUUUGCCGUACCUGCCACUUAAAGGACAGCUCAAAGAUGGACGCAAGGUCAUCCUAGAUUAUUACAAGGACGAAGACGAGGCACAAGUCCAUGCUAUAAUGAAGUAUAUCGUUAACGAGGAAGGCAAUAGCUACCCACAGGAAGACCUUGCUAAUGUUGACGACUUCCGGUCGUAUUACUUGUCACAUGACGUGUUUGUUUGUCGUGACGUCAAUACCGCCGAAGUACUAGGAAGCUUUUACGUAAAACCUAAUUUCCCCGGCCGAUGUUCACAUAUAUGUAAUGCAGGGUUUGCGGUGUUGAAAUCAGCUCGAGGAUUAGGUGUCGGGAAGUUCAUGGUUGGACAUUAUCUUCAAAUUUCGCGUGAUCUUGGUUACCAGGCUUCAUUCUUCAAUCUGGUGUUUGUAUCAAACGAAGUGUCUGUGAAAUUGUGGCGAAGUAUGGGUUUCACUGAAAUUGGGCGCGUACCCAAUGCUGGAAACCUCAAGGGGCGUGGCUAUACAGAUGCUUUACAAUUUUAUUAUGAUUUGACAAAUAUAGAAAAGAAAGUUUAAUUAAAGUGAUUGAACAACAUUUGGUAUUUUAGGCUUUGGUGAUCAUAUCAGAAAGAUUUCAUAUGAUAGUUCCUCAUUAUGUUUUAUCAA